AUGGUUAUAGGGACUCAAACUAGUCGAAGUCUGAGUGUUUUCUCGGGUAACGAGAAAAGAUCCAACAUCGUGGAUCUGGGGGAUGAGGACGACAAGUGGAGCAAUAAGGCCGACGAGAAGAGAUCCAAUAUCGUGGAUCUGGGAGAUGAGGACGACAAGUGGAGCAAUAAGGCCGACGAGAAGAGAUCCAAUAUCGUGGAUCUGGGGGAUGAGGACGAUAAGUGGAGCAAUAAGGCCGACGAGAAGAGAUCCAAUAUCGUGGAUCUGGGAGAUGAGGACGAUAAGUGGAGCAAUAAGGCCGACGAGAAGAGGUCCAAUAUCGUGGAUGAGGAGGAUGAGGACGACAAGUGGAGCAAUAAGGCCGACGAAAAGAAACUCUAG